GCAGUCUCUGGUCAUCUCCUGUACCGUGUCCGCAGUCUCUGGUCAUCUGUACCGUGCCCGCAUACUCUGGUCAUCUCCGUAGUAUGUCUGCAGUCUCUGGUCAUCUCCUGCACUGUGUCCGCAGUCUCUGGUCAUUUCCUGUACCUAUGUCUGCAGUCUCUGGUCAUCCUCCUGUACUGUGUCCGCAGUCUCUGGUCAUCUCCUGUACUGUGUCCGCAUCUCUGGUCAUCCCCUGUACUGUGUCCGCAGUCUCUGGUCAUCCCCUGUACUGUCCGCAGUCUCUGGUCAUCCCCUGUACUGUGUCUGCAGUC